UUUUUUCCUAACAAACAGUCGUUGCUUAUGUGUGUAUUCGUAAUUCAUAAAAAUCUUAAUUCGAAAAGGACUCGAGUCCUGAAACUGAAACUAGUCUUCUUCUCCUUCUCCGUCUCAAUCUCAACUCCUUUUUCUCUCUCCAAAAUCAUAUUUCUUCACCCACAAUCAUGCUACUGCACUCCAUACUUAUAAAACUUCAAUGUCGAUGAGCUCCCCACUCUGCGUCUCCUCCUGCUCCUCCCCGUCGUCGUCGGACUCCUCUUCCUCCGCCAUGCCUCCAUCCGUCCCCGUCCAAACCCCCAAUCCUGUGAAACCGGCGUCCGUACUCCGCUUCUCCUUCAAUCAGGACGCCAGCUGCUACGCUGUUGGCACAACCGACGGCUUCAUCGUCUUCAAGGCCGAUCCUUUCGCCGAAGCCUUCCGCCGCAACUUCUCCGGCGGCAUUGGCAUCGUUCAGAUGCUCUUCCGCUGCAACGUCCUCGCGUUAGUCGGCGCCUCUAAAUCUGACCGCAACAAGGUCAUGAUUUGGGACGAUCAUCUCAACCGCUGCAUCGGCGAGCUGUUGUUCCGGUCGGAGGUGCAGGCCGUCCGCCUCCGGACGGAUCGAAUCGUCGUCGUGCUGCUGCAUAAGGUUAAUGUUUAUAAUUUCUCCGACUUUAAAUUAACACACCAGAUUGAGACGCUGGAGAAUCCGCGGGGACUUUGCGAGAUUUCUCAAGCGAGAUCGAUGGUGCUAGUUUGUUUGGGAUUACAGAGGGGGUGCGUGCGGGUGGAGCAAUACGCGACGGCGAAGUGUAACCAUGUAAUGGCGCACAAUUCGAGCGUAGCUUUUGUUGCUUUGAUGGAUGAUGGUAGGCUGAUGGCAACCGCAAGCAGUAAGGGCACGCUGGUACGCGUGUUUACAACGAUGGAUGGAUCAUUGCUUAAGGAGCUGAGAAGGGGUUCAGAAAGAGCAGCAAUUUACAGCCUUUCAUUCUCUCCGACUGGCAGAUGGCUGGCUGCUUCAAGUGAUAAGGGAACUGUCCAUGUUUUUAGUUUAAAGGUUGAUUCAAGAUCUUCAAGGACCAGUCGUUCACAAGUAGCCGAAACAAAUGAGCUUGCUCUACUUUCCUUGUCACGUCUUUCCUUCAUCAAAGGUGUUCUGCCCAAGUAUUUCAGCUCGGAAUGGUCAGUGGCUCAAUUUCGCGUACAAGAAGGGUUGCAACACAUUGUUGCUUUCGGGUGCGAGGAGGACACAGUUGUUGUUGUUGGCAGUAAUGGAAGAUAUUAUAAAUGUCAGUUUGAUCCAGUGGUGGGUGGAGACAUGACCAAACUGGAAUCUCACAACUUCUGAUCCUGUCAUUGUGGUUUAUAUCUGUAUAGGCUAAUUAUUUAAAUGUGAAUAUAACUUUUAUUAAGUGAACAAAAAGGAAAGUAAGCUACAAGUA